GCUAGCUAGCUUCAAGUGUAACUAAGUAACCGAGUUAAUAAUAAUGGAGACAGAUGCUGCUACAGAGGAACAAUCAGAGAUGGCUAGCUCAUCAGCAACUGAAUGCCACAGCUACAGAUGUAUGUCCAGAGAGGAGCUGUGUGCUGCACUGGUGGAGAAGGAGUACAAGCUCGAGUGUGCAGGGGACCAGCUGCAGUCUCUCUCAGUGUACAAGGACGAGUGUGGGCGUAAAGAUGGAGUGAUUGUAGAGCUGAGGAGAGAGCUAGCCGCUUACAAGCACAACUCACACACCAAAGACAUCAGCUAUGUCACAAUGGAGGAGCACCUCUCUGCCUGUGAGCACCACCUCCAGCUCAAGACCAGUGAGGUGGACAAGCUAACACAGGAAGCAAAGUCAUGGAAGGAGAAGGCUUCAACUGCUGAAUCCAAGCUGGGAAUGCUAGGGACUGGUACGUCCUCAGGCAAAAUCAAUGUACUACAAAAGGAACUCUCCACCAAAAAGUCUGAGAUUCUGAAGCAAAAGCAAGAGCUGCAACAGCUGCGAGCCCAACAACAGACAGAGAAGGACAGCGGUGAUUCACUGAGGCAUCAAGUUGCUGAGCUACAAGCAAAUCUAUCCUCUGUCCAAUCUAAGAUGAAGCAAAGCAAAUCCUCCAACGAUGACUUAAAAAUGCAGCUGCAAAGAAGUGAGUGUGACAGAGAGAGGGCCAGUGUGGCUGAGCAGAGGAGGAAGGAGGAGUUAGGGAAGCUCAAGUCCUCCGUGUGUGAUGGGAGACUGGCUCAAGCUAAACAAAAUUUCCUGGAGGCUCAAGUUGAGAGGACAAAACUGAAGGAGGGUGAGUUGGCUGUUCAACUGGGAAAAGUCAAAGAGGAGGCUCAGGCUAAACUGGAUUUCCUGGCGGCUGAGGUUGAGAGGGCAAAACUGAAUGAGAGUGAGUUGGCUGUUCAGCUGGGAAAAGUCAAAGAGGAGCUGUGUACAACGUGUGAGAGGGUGGUCACUAUGACAGCACAAGUCCUCCCCCCUGCUGAUGAGGAGAGUGGUGGUCCAGUGGAGGCAGUGGAACAGUUGACUAGUGAAUAUACCACUGUUACUGAACAACUGCAGACCACUCAGACACAACUGACGGAGGUGCAAGCUGAUAUUGAGACUGCCAAUGCCACCAUUACAAUGCUGACUCAGCUGUGGACUGAUUUUAAGUGUGGUGUUGGAUCAUGUGAUCUUACCCAGUCAUCACUAGACACCUUGAUGGCGACCCUCAGUGGACUAUCCUCCCAGGAGCAGACUAAUAGUUGUCAAACACUCAUCAAUGCAAUGAAAGAAAGCUUGAAUGUACUGAACACUGAGCUGGUUGCUAAAUGGGUUCAACUGGUGGCUGAGAUAGGAGGCCAUUGUUCAAGACUAGAGCUUUCCAGUGAAGAGACAAUCGAACCAGUUGCUAAGCUAGCUUUGCUGAUUGAAAAGAUUGAUUCACAGAUAGCAGAGAGCAUACAACUUCAAGUCAAACUGCAGGGGGUGGAAGAGGGUCACCUGGCAGAGGUGGCAGCCCUGAGGGGAGCAGAAGAGGAGAGGGUGGUUACAGCCGUCCAGGAGAGCCUGGUUAUUGAGAGGGGGAAGGUGAUCAAUGAGAUGCAAGCUCUAGAGCAGCGACUAGAAGCAGACAAGCAUGAAGCCGUUGCCAAUGAACAGAGGAAUAACUCAAUUCUUAGCGAGCAACUCACAACUGUUAAGGAGUCUUUACUGGCUGAGCGCAAUGAGAAAGAUGUACUCAAAGCAGAGAAGACAGGACUAGAGACUGAGCUGGCCUCACUGGAGGUGGCCAUGAGGGAAGCACUCACCACAGCCGAUGUUGCCAAGGAGACAGUAAGAACAACACUCAUGCAGGAAACAAUUGGAUACAGAGAGCAGUCCCACCAGCAUGCCCUCACCAUAGUUGCUCUGGAGGAGAAGUUGAUGGCAUCGAUGGAGAGAUGUAAGCAGCUCCGGGGUGAGAAUGAGGCUCUGUCUCAAGUGGUGAGUGGAGGGUCAGGUACGGCUCAGGGAGAGGAGGACAAGGUGAAGAAACUCACCAAGUUGACUGACACACUCAGGCAUCAGCUAUCUCUUGCGAAUGAUGGAUGCACUAAAAGCCAGAGGAGAAUCAAACUGCUCGAGUCUGAUCUACUGACAGUCCGCAAGCAAAUCAAAGACAGAGAAGACGACAUAACGCGUCAGUUCCAAGAGCAAUUGAGUGAUUUACAGCUCACCCUCUCCAAGCAGGAGACGUCUCUGGAGGGUAAGAGGUCAGAGGUCACUCACCUCCAGUCAGUACUGCAGGAGAAGACCACCUCGCUAACAGCUAUCAUUGAAACGGAAAGGUGUGACGCUGAACAUAAACUAUUGGAAAUGAGGAACCAACUCACUCACAGCUCUCAUGUGGGAUCUAGUGGCCUGGCUCAAGUUGGCCAGAGGUGUACUGGAGAGAAGCACUGUGACACCAUUGCUAGUCAGAGGAGAGCCUUGUCACAGCUGAGGGACCACAUACAAGAGCUGGAGCUAACCAAGCCACCAGUUGGUAGUCAUCAAGCAACGCUGAAAGAGCUGUCUCGUGUUAGACAUGAGUUGUUCAAGGCUAAGGCACGCGUAUCACUGACAGCUACUCCAGCUCAACCAGAGCCAGAGGAUGCAUUCACUCUACCAGCAGUGGAAGGUGAAGAGAGUGUGAGGAAAAUUCAAGAUUUGGAAUCUUCAGUGUUGAAGCUUCGUGAUGCUGUAGAGUGCAGCGAACGAACCUACAAGCAGCUGGUUGAGGUCAUCUGUAAGAACAUGUAUGACGUGGAUCGCCCAACCUCUCAAAGUAUGGGGGACGGACCGAGUGAGGAAGAAAGACAAGACAUUCUCAAAGAGAGGAAAAAGUUUGCCGAAGCAGUUUUUAGACGAUUCAAGACGCUAGAGCUCAAGUCUAGCAGCAGAGGAGGGUCGACCAAUGGAGGCACACUGCCUGAUGAGGGAGUAUCAGAGGUGGUGGUCCUACAGGCUGCUCUGGAUGGUGCUAGGGAGGAGCUUGAAGAACAGAGGAGACUUAACCAAGCUCUCAUCAAUCGAAGGGUGUUCAAAGGGAAGCAGCUGGCUGCAUCACAGCAAAGACCUCACCACAAGUGCAUCAAAUAACUAUAUAAUAAUUUAUAUACUUUAUUUUUCUUG